UAAGAAGUGUAACCCGUGUAACCUUACUUUUUAAGAGUUUGUUUUUAAAGUCGAUAAAAGGACAUGGCUCUUUUAAAACCCCUUACGUUCUGUAAACAUUCAAUUCAAAGUGCUGUAAGCAGUUGUCGUAAUAUACAGACAACAGCCGCACUUAAUUACCAACGUGAAAUGAAGAAGAAAUGGAACAGAACCAUUCCUACACUUAACACGAAAUGGAGAGAAGAUCGAGGUCUGCCAAUAAAUCCGAAUGCUCAUGGUCCACUCACAGAUUUGCCGGAUUAUACAUUUAUGGAUGGAAGCCGACCUACGCCUUUAGGGUCGAACCAGAAAAAGCGGAUAAUCAAACAGAGAGAAUUAUCGCAACGAAUGGUAACGUUAAUAAAAGAGGUUGACGAUGCUAAGCUAAACUACCAGCGGGCACAGGAGAAAAAGGAGCAAACAAAACAAGAAAUAAUUUCCAACAAAUUGAAGCCGAAGGGAGUUCUGUUAAUAAAGAAGUAGUAGCCAGUUCUGUGUACGUAUGGAGAAUGAGGAAUAGACAUUAAAGCAAAGGUAGAGUUAAUAUUCAAA